UUAUAUAUUAUAAUCAUAUGUUACAGCAAGAAGAUGUUUCUGUACAGUUAGAAGCUCUUGAUAUUCUUGGUGACCUUCUUUGUAGAUUUGGAGGGUUAUUAGUCAAUUUUCAUCCUCUUAUUAAGGAUGCCUUGUUGCCUCAGUUAGCUAGUCCAAGAUUGGCUGUACGAAAACGCUCCAUAACUGCUAUAGGCUAUUUAGUGAUGAGUUGUAGUCAAGUACUCUUUAAUAAAUUGAUUGAUAAACUUUUAGAAGAAAUGGAUAAAGAUGACUCCACAUCAACUACACGAACAUAUAUUCAAUGUAUUGGUGCUAUUAGUCGACAAGCAGGACAUCGAUUUGGAGAACAUUUAGAAAGAGUGAUGCCUUUAGUUGUUGGCUAUUGUAAAGUGGAAGAUGAUGAAUUGAGGGAAUAUUGUAUUCAAGCAUUUGAAUCUUUUGUUAGACGAUGUCCUAAAGAAAUAUCUCCUCAAGUUACUACAAUAGUAAAAAUUUGUCUUGAAUAUCUUUGUUAUGAUCCUAACUAUAAUUAUGAUGAUGAAGCAGAUGAUAGUAUGGAUAUGGAUGGAGGAGAAGAUGAAGAAGGGGACAGUGAAGAUGAAUAUAGUGAUGAUGAUGACAUGAGUUGGAAAGUUCGGAGAGCAUCAGCCAAAUGCUUAGAAGCUAUCGUAGCAACAAGACAUGAAAUGUUAAUGGAAUUUUACAAGACAAUUUCUCCAGCUCUAAUUUCUAGGUUUAAAGAGAGAGAGGAAAAUGUGAAAGUUGACAUAUUCCAUGCAUAUGUUGCCUUGCUUCGUCAGACUCGUCCAUCCAUCCCAGCAGGAAUGAUUGAUCCAAGUGUUAUGGACUAUGAAGAAGGACCAGUACACAUGCUGCAGAGUCAGGUGCCUGCCAUUGUUAAAGCUCUUCAUCGUCAAUUGAAAGAAAAAAGUAUCAAAACAAGACAAGGAUCAUUUUGUGUUUUGACAGAACUUGUUAAUGUUUUACCUGGUGCUCUAUCAGAUCAUAUUCCUGCAUUGAUUCCUGGAAUCCAAUAUUCUUUAGGAGAGAAAAAUUCCAGUUCAAAUAUGAAAAUAGAUACUUUAGCUUUUUUAAAUUGCCUUCUAACGUACCAUAAUCCAGAAGUUUUUCAUUGUCAUAUUGAUGUUCUUGUUCAGCCUAUAAUUCAUGCAGUAGGAGAUAUGUUUUAUAAAAUAACAUCAGAAGCCUUACUUGUACUUCAGCAAUUAGUAAAAGUAAUCCGACCUCUUGAUCAUCCAACAUCAUUUGAUUUCACUCCAUUUGUGAAUGAAAUAUAUCAGUGUACUUUAGUCAGAUUAAAAGCUGCUGAUAUUGAUCAAGAAGUAAAAGAACGAGCAAUUUCAUGCAUGGGUCAAAUAAUAUGCAAUCUUGGAGAUGUCUUGCAACCUGAACUACAAACAUGCCUACCUAUCUUUUUAGAUAGAUUAAAGAAUGAAAUUACAAGAUUAACUACAGUGAAAGCUUUAACAAAAAUUGCUGGAUCUCCCUUAAUUAUUGAUUUGGGACCAAUCCUUUCGGAAUCUAUGCCAGUUUUAGCAUCUUUCCUUCGCAAAAACCAAAGAGCACUGAAACUUAGUACACUUACGUUACUAGAUACACUUGUAAAAAAUUAUAGUAGUUCAUUGACUAAAGAUAUGAUUUCAGCAGUUAUGACAGAAUUACCUCCAUUAAUUUGUGAAAGUGAUUUACAUAUUUCACAGUUAACAUUGAGUUUACUUACAUCUAUAUCUAAAGUUCAACAAGAAGCACUUCUAAAUGUUACUGAUGCAAUUCUUCCAGAAGUUUUAGUACUUGUGAAAUCUCCAUUAUUGCAAGGUGCUGCUUUAAAUGCAAUGUUAGAAUUCUUCCAAGCAUUGGUGAUGUCAUAUCUACCUGGUCUUGGAUACAGAGAACUAUUACAGAAAUUAAUAUCGCCAAUUUAUCAUCAUGUUGAAAAUCAUCCAUCACCAUCUCAUAAUAUUCAUAAACAAGCAUAUCAUUCUAUUGCAAAAUGUGUUGCUGCAAUGACUGUAACUUGCCCACAUGAAGCUCUUCCAGUUGUUCAACAGUUUCUUCAGGAAUUGCAAAUACAUCAGAAUAUGGAUUCAAUUCAGUUAUUUGCUGUUCUAGCUAUUGGAGAAAUUGGAAAACAUAUAGAUCUCUGCAGUAUAUCAAAUUUGAAAACUACUCUCUUGGAUGCAUUUACAUCACAAAGUGAGGAAGUUAAAUCAGCUGCAUCAUUUGCUUUAGGUAGUGUUGCCAUUGGUAACUUACAAGAAUACUUACCAUUUAUUCUUCAGGAGAUUGAAGCACAACCUAAACGCCAAUAUCUUCUUUUACAUUCUUUGAAGGAAGUUAUUAGUUGCCAAUCUGCUAGUCCAGCAUCUGUUGAAACUCUUCAACCAUUUGUAGAAGCUAUUUGGCACAUGUUGUUUAAUCAUUGUGAAUGUACAGAAGAAGGAACAAGGAAUGUUGUAGCAGAAUGUCUCGGAAAACUAACAUUAAUAGAUCCACCAAAUCUUUUGCCUAAAUUAAAAUCUUACCUAAAUGCAGAAUCGCCAUUAGCAAGAAGUACAGUGGUAACAGCUAUGAAAUUUACAAUAUCAGAUCAGCCUCAAAUUAUUGAUGUUUUGUUACGAAAUUGCAUCGGAGAUUUUCUCAGGACGUUACAAGAUCCUGAUCUUAAUGUGAGACGUGUAGCACUUGUUGCAUUUAAUUCUGCAGCUCACAACAAGCCAUCCUUGGUGAGGGACUUGCUGGAUUGCAUUCUUCCGCAAUUAUAUAAUGAAACUAAAGUUAGGAAAGAGCUAAUUAGAGAAGUAGAAAUGGGUCCCUUCAAGCAUACUGUAGAUGAUGGUUUGGACAUUAGAAAGGCUGCCUUUGAAUGCAUGUACACACUUUUAGAUUCUUGUAUAGAUCGAUUAGAUAUAUUUGAAUUUUUGAACCAUGUAGAGAAUGGACUGAGAGAUCAUUAUGACAUUAAAAUGCUCACCUAUCUUAUGUUAGUUAGGCUAGCAACACUUUGUCCUUCAGCAAUUUUGCAGAGGUUAGAACAGCUUGUGGAACCUCUUAGAAAUACAUGUACCAGCAAAGUCAAGCCAAAUGCUGUUAAACAAGAAUUUGAAAAACAAGAUGAAUUAAAGAGGUCUGCCAUGAGAGCAUUUGCUGCAUUAAUGGCAAUUCCUGAUGCAGAUAAGAAUCCUCCUAUGAAUGAGUUCCUGUCUCAGAUCAAAUCCACUCCCGAACUUCAAGCCUUAUUUGACAGCAUUCAGAAAGACAGUUCAGCUAACGUUACAGAUUCUUCCUCUUUGAUGGAUAUCAGUUAGGAUUAGGAUGAUUUUGUUUAAUAUUGAAUUGCAUUAAUGAAAAUAUUGUAUCUUAUAGAUUUUUUUUAUUGAACCAUCUACAUUUCUGCAAUUGUAAAAUUAGCUAUUGUAGCAUAUCCGUUGGAAAACUAAUUUCUUGCAAUUUAAUUUAAUCUAAAAGCAGCAAUAUUCUUCAGUUACCUUUUUAUUAUGUAAUAAGAACAUUAUCUAAAGUUAUUAAUAAUAAAAUUACAAAUACUAA